GAGCGUCCAAAUUCGUCCUCCCGUUCCGACAAGGACGAAGAACAAGGGAAAAAUAUAUGGAGAGAGAGAGUAGGUGCGAUUAGACCUUACAACGAAGAAGAAUGGCCACAACAAUGAGGUGGAUAGGGUUUCGCGAUUCAUAAUCUGGCGGCAAGUUUUCGAUGGACAUGCCCGGACGACGGUCGAAUUAUACUUUGUUGAGUCAGAUUCCGGACGAUAAGUUUCCCGCUGCCGGAGCUGGAGUGACGGCAUACGAGUCUCACUCAGGGGAGAAGAACAACGGGAAGGGUGACAAGGGAUUUGAUUGGGACUUCACUGAUCAUCGAAUGAUUCAGGCGCAGAAUCGGAUCGGGACGCCGGGAUUCCCGUCGUCGAUUGGAUCGCUGAGACAAUCCAGCGGCAGUAGCUUCGGCGAGACAUCAAUCUCUGGUGAUUAUUACAUGCCGUCGCUCUCGAAUCCAGAUGCAUCUUAUAGGCAGUUAAAUGGUGGCAGCGGCGAGCUGAGGUUAGUAGGAGGCGGCUCUUCGUCCUCAAAGAGCUGGGCGCAGCAGACUGAAGAGAGCUACCAGUUGCAGCUAGCACUGGCGUUACGGCUGUCUUCUGAAGCAAGGUGCGCUGAUGAUCCCCAUUUUUUGGAUCCCGUGCCCUCACGUUUAACUGCUUCAGCAGAGCCCAUGUCCCAUAGGUUCUGGGUAAACGGAUGCUUAUCAUACUCUGACAAAGUUCCUGAUGGGUUUUAUUCAAUUCAUGGGAUGGAUCCUUAUGUAUGGAUUGUCUGCUCGGAACUGCAAGAAAGUGGCCGCAUUCCAUCAAUUGCAUCAUUAAAAGCUGCUGAUCCAUCCAUUUUACAUUGCGUGGAAGUGAUUUUGAUUGAUAAGCAUAGUGACUCCAACUUGAAGGAUCUGCAUAAUCGAGUUCAUAGCAUGUCCAAUAGUUGCAUCACAACAGAAGAGGUUGUUGAUGAGAUCGCAAAGCUAGUUUGCAACCACAUGGGGGGUGCAACAUCUAGUGGAGAAGAUGAUUUGGUUCUUAUCUGGAAGGAAUGCAGAGAUGACCUAAAAGACUGUUUAGGGUCUGUUGUGAUACCCAUUGGUAGCAUGUAUGCGGGUCUUUGUAGGCACCGAGCUUUGCUUUUUAAAGUACUAGCUGAUGCUAUUGAUUUACCUUGUCGAAUUGCCAAAGGAUGUAAAUAUUGUGAUAGAGAUGAUGCCUCCACAUGCCUUGUUCGUUUUGGACCUGACAGGGAGUACCUGGUUGAUUUAACUGGAAGGCCAGGGUGCUUAUGUGAGCCUGAUUCCUCACUCAAUGGUCCAUCUUCCAUUUUGAUUUCUUCACCAUUGUGCUUUCCCAGAUUCAGACAGGUUGAAAAUUCAACUGUUUUUAGUUCAUUGGCCAAACAGUAUUUCUCAGACAGUGAAUCACUUCAUCUUGUGUUUGAUGAUUCCACCACAGGAACUGUCAUUGAUGGAGAUGCGAGUGCUCCCAUCUGCACUAAACAAACAGACACAGAUUACAUUGACAGAACAAGCUGUAUGCCCAGUUCAAGCAAUCAAGAUGAUAUCUCAAGAUUACCUUUGCCUCCUGCAAAUGCUAGGAGAAGAGUCCGUGAUAAAGAAUCACAAUAUGCUGAAAUAUAUAAUCCUUCAAAUUUAUUUAGCCCACCGAACAUUGGAAUAGACAAACAUCCUCCUCCUAAAGUCCAAUCUGAUCCUAGGCUUGAUAGUCAUCUAGUUUCACGUAAACCGAGUAAGGAUCUUGCACUUGAUGUAGAAGAUCUGGAUAUUCCAUGGAGUGAUCUUGUUCUGAAAGAGAAAAUUGGGGCAGGUUCUUUUGGUACGGUUCUCCGUGCGGAUUGGAAUGGCUCUGAGGUUGCUGUGAAGAUUCUAAUGGAACAAGAUUUUCAUCCAGAGCGAUUACAAGACUUUUUACAAGAGGUUGCAAUCAUGAAGCGUUUACGGCAUCCAAAUAUUGUUCUCUUCAUGGGCGCCGUUACACAACCUCCGAAUUUGUCAAUAGUUACAGAAUAUUUAUCGAGAGGUAGUUUGUAUAGACUUCUCCAUAAACAUGGCGAGGUGUUGGAUGAGAGACGUCGAUUGUGCAUGGCUUACGAUGUGGCAAAGGGGAUGAAUUAUCUUCACAAACACAAUCCUCCCAUUGUUCAUAGAGAUUUAAAAUCGCCAAAUCUUUUAGUUGACACGAAGUACACAGUGAAGGUGUGUGAUUUUGGUCUUUCUCGUUUAAAAGCAAACACAUUUCUUUCUUCAAAGUCGGCUGGGGGAACACCGGAGUGGAUGGCACCUGAGGUUCUUCGUUAUGAGCCAUCCAAUGAGAAAUCAGAUGUCUACAGCUUUGGUGUGAUACUUUGGGAGCUGGCGACGCUACAACAACCAUGGAGUAAUUUGAAUCCUGCCCAGGUCGUAGCAGCUGUUGGCUUUCAACACAAGAGGCUCGAAAUACCUCAUAAUCUGAAUGCUCAAGUGGCUAAAAUUAUCGAGGCAUGCUGGGCAAAUGAGCCUUGGAAACGCCCUUCAUUUGCAACUAUAAUGGAUAUGCUGAGGCCACUGAUUAAACCCGCUACUACACCUCAGCCUGGUCCUACAGACUCACAACUGCUUACAAGAAUGCCUGAAAAUUUUUGAACUUGUAUUACUGCACAUAGUUGAAAUUCAUUAGAGUUCUCAAUGGGUUUGAGGAAGACUCCUCUUGUUGUGUCAGGGUUGUUUGCUCGUGUAAAUAAUAGUUUGGAGUUGAGUAAUGGCCUGUUGAGAAAGCUUACAUAGUAUUAAGGUUCAAGCUGCUGCAGCCACAUCCCUUGUACACUAUGUAAUCUGGAAGUUAUUUUUUUUCAAUGACAGCAAUGUAGUGUUGGGAAUGGUUUUUGUUACCCAUUUGUAUCCAUAUGAUACGAUGUGCAUCUCCUAGGUUUCUAUGUCCCGAUACAUCGUCUUUUAAAAUGUUUAGUUGAAACAACCUAGUUAAACAAGAUCAAACCCGAGUACUUUGAUAGAGUGCAAUGGUUCUCAUAG